AUGGCGACACAGGGCUUGGGUGGAGACACGUGUUUAUUGUGGGAGCAUGUUCCCGAAACCGCUGGGGCACUGGCCGGGGGCCGGUUAUACCCUGUGCCGGGGGCAGGGGGGGAACCUGAGCUGCGGCCAAUGGGGAUAGGGCAGGAGCAGGGAAACCCUGGAGACCCCAGGGAGGCAGGAGCGGCAAUGGGAAAGGUGGCGGGGGGGGGCAGGGACCGACCGCGUGGCGAGGGUGUCUCCCCGCCUCCCAAGGGACCCGGGAGGGUCACUUCCUGGUCUGCUUCACUUCGCGGAACCGCCGAGCUGUUAACAUCCGCUGCUCGGGAGCACACUUCCGCUCCGGGCGCGGCCGCAACCCCGCUCCGUCUCGCGCCGGCCGGCCCCGCGCUGCCCAGCUCCGUGCCGCCCUCCAAACGAGCGACAACAUCUCUGACAGAGGGGCUGACUGGGGCUUUCUGCCCGCGCACUGGCCGCAUAUUACAAACAUUAAAGAAUUUUUCAACCCGCGAUGGCUUUCGCGUUUCUAUUUGUUCUGCUGUAGACUGCUCGAAUGCUCGAAUGGCAGCUUCCGCUGCCUCUUUCUCCGCGGCCAUGCUUUGUAAGCUCUCUUUGAGAGAAUAUGAAAGAGCAGCCGCACUGAAGCCUGUAAAUCUCCAUCCAUGGUGAACUUUCACCCUCUCUUUCUGCACGCGGCUUACCUCACCUCCGCGGGUUGCUUCGCUCUCGCUUUUCUUCGGCAAAGCAGCACCCCGCUCCAGCUCUCCGGCCCCGGCCACGUCCACACCCGCCGUUCAGGUACCUUGUGAACACCGAGGUCUUCCCACUGCUCCAACGGACUCUCGCAAACAAACAACAAUGCGAAGAGUCUUUUUCCUCCCGUUGGGAAACGGCCCAAUUCGGAGUUUGGAGACUUCUGCUCCGUUCCACCUGAUCC